UCAGUGUUGUCUCAUGUUGGUUUGUGAUAGGUAUAGUAAAAUGCUAGGGUUGACAAGUUUGACCUGCUUUCUUGUAUAAUUGAAUAAUAAUUUUAUAUCAUUAGUUGGUACCUGUGUGUCGUGUGUUGCGUUGGAACACAACCUAACCUGUGGCGCGUUUAGUGUCAUAUUUUAUUGAUUUUUAAUAAUUCAGCAUGUCAAAGAAAAAGUAUAAUCAUAAUAAACCUGUGGCAGAAAUUGGAGAAGAAGUACGCAUUGCUGUAAACCUGUCAUUAAAGAAAUUCUUACGCACAGAAGAAAAUAAAGAAUUUGAAUUUCCCUCCUCUCUGACAUCUGAUGAACGAGCUUACAUCCAUCAGUUGGCUAGAGAUCUGGGUCUUCGUUCAAAGAGCAGAGGGAAGGGAGCAAGUCGGUACCUAACAGUAUACAAGCGAGAGGGUUCCAGUAUUGUGCAAGCAGAUGCAGUUUUCCAGCUCGUGCGAUCAUCUAGACAACAUGUGUACACACUGUUGCACAAAUUUCCGCUCACAAAUAAGGAGCGACAAGAAUUGUUGCCACUCACUGAGAGAGACCGAAUUCUGAAUCCUGAAGGGAAGGACAUGAAUAAGUCAGUGGGUCGUUUGAACAUAGGUGUGCCCCAGAUACCAUAUGCAGUGAUAAGCCAGGAGUUGCUUCCAUUCAGACAGGCUUUACCCAUAUGGCCAAUGAGAGAUGACAUUAUAAACAUAAUCAACAGCAACCAAGUUGUGGUUAUCAGUGGUGACACAGGAUCUGGAAAAACAACACAGGUCCCACAGUUUAUCCUCGAGUACUGUGCAAGUGCAGGCAAGGCAUGUCGCAUUAUUUGUACGCAACCACGUCGUAUUUCAGCUGUAUCUGUAAGUGAACGUGUUGCUGCAGAACGCGAUGAGAAGAUUGGACAAUCAGUUGGUUAUCAGAUAAGACUAGAGAGCAGAGUAUCUCCUAAAACAGUUUUGUCUUAUUGUACUGAUGGAGUGCUGCUUCGGACUUUGAUGGGUGGAGAUUCAAGUCUUGCCACUGUAACACACAUUGUGGUAGAUGAAGUUCAUGAACGGAAUUGUUUCUCAGACUUCCUUCUAAUUGCUUUACGAGAUUCUUUGUCUAAGUUCCGGUCACUGCGUCUUAUUUUAAUGUCUGCUACAGUUGACACAGAUGUUUUUACGAAAUACUUCAACAACUGUCCUGUCAUUGCAGUUCCUGGGCGACAGUUUGAUAUUCAGGAAUAUUUCUUGGAGGAUAUAUUGAAACGCACCAAAUACAUGAGUAAAGGUAUGCAGAGACUGAAGGCGGAGGCUGAGCGUAAGAAAGAACAACAGGCAAAGCUUGAAGUGUGGACCAAGUCUGUGACAGAUGGUGUACAGAAGGAACAUGUUCAUAGGACUGAACGUAGAGCCAUUCCAGCACCCAUCUAUGGUCAGCAGAAUGAGCCAUUACCUGAGAAAACAGAAUUGGAAGAAUGGCUUGUAGAGGAAAUGGAUCGCUGUAUCUCUGAGGCAUGGCUGUCAGGCUCAGAAGAUGCUUUCACACAGCUUAUGCAUCUCAUUCUGUCUGAGAAUGUUUCUGUAGACUAUCAGCAUUCUCAGACAUCAGUAACUCCUCUGAUGGUGACUGCAGGCAGGGGCUAUGUUAAUACAGCUGAGCAGUUGCUCAAUCUUGGUGCUAGCCUUAAUGUUCGAGCCUCCAAUGAUUGGACUGCACUGAAUUGGGCUCGCAUUAUGAAGCAGAAUGAUGUUGUGGAGCUGAUAGAAGCAUACAUGAACACAGAAUUAAAUAAUUGCCCAGAUUUGCUGCUGGCAAAUGAGGAUCCAGAGCUGGGGGAGGAAGAGAAGGAACUCUUGGACAUUUACCACCACAGCUUCAAUGAUGAGAGCAUUGACAUGGGUCUCUUGAUGACCCUUCUGUUUGACAUCCAUACCUCCCAGGACAAGGGUGCAAUUCUUGUGUUCCUGCCGGGAUAUGAGGACAUUGUGAUCCUGAAGGAAAGGAUUACAGCUGAAGAGAAGAGGUUGUCUGAGACUUGCAAAUAUGCCCUCUAUAUUUUACAUUCAAACAUGCAGACUGGAGACCAGAAACGUGUUUUCUGUCCAGCACCACCAGGUGUCCGUAAGAUUAUCUUAUCAACAAACAUUGCUGAAACAAGUAUCACCAUAGAUGAUGUGGUGUUUGUUAUAGAUUCAGGGAAGAUAAAGGAGAAAUCAUUUGAUGCGAUAUCAGGCGUUUGCAUGUUACGUCCAGUCUGGAUCUCCCAGGCCUGCGCUCAACAGCGAAGGGGUAGAGCAAAUCGUACACAUCCUGGAAUUUGUUAUCAUAUGUUCUCUAGCAUACGAUACAAAGCUAUGCAGAAAUACCACACACCAGAGAUUCUAAGGAUUCCAUUGCAGGAACUUUGCCUCCACACAAAGCUUCUAGCACCUGCCAACACACCAAUAGCUGACUUCCUAGCGCGAGCUAUUGAGCCUCCAUCACUUCUUGUCACAAGGAAUGCAGUACAGUUGCUAAAGACCAUUGAUGCAUUGGAUUCAUGGGAGGACCUGACAGAACUUGGCCAUCACUUGGUUGAUCUACCAAUUGAACCUCGACUUGGCAAGAUGCUGCUGUAUUCUGUGGUACUGAAGUGUCUUGACCCAGUACUUACAAUCGUCUGCUGUUUAGCUUACAGGGAUCCUUUCAUCUUACCAGCACAGCCCUCACAAAAGCGGGCAUCUUGCUUGAGCAGAAAGAAAUUUGCUGGAGGAACAUACAGUGACCACAUGUCGUUACUCCGUGCAUUUCAAACAUGGCAACAUGCACGUGGGAAUGGCUGGGAACGUGUAUUCUGUGAGAAGCAUUUCAUAUCAGCGGAAACAAUGGAGAUCAUCGUGGGCAUGAGGACACAGCUGUUGGGUCAGUUGCGAGCUUCAGGUUUUGUGCGGGCGCGAGGUGGAGGUGAUAUCCGUGACCUGAACAACAAUUCUGAGAACUGGGCUGUUGUGAAGGCUGCUCUGUGUGCAGGAAUGUAUCCAAAUUUGAUUCGAGUAGAUCGAGAACACAUGCAGCUGAGAACUCAGAAAGAAUUCCGAGUAACGUUCCAUCCAUCAUCAACCUUACGUCAGUGCCCAAAAUCACCUAGUACAUCAGUGGCUGCAUCACACACAGCAACAGUUGAGGCUCUCCCAUCAGACUGGCUAGUGUACGAAGAGAUGAGCCACUCAGGACAAUUCUGUCAUGUACGUUGUUGUACACUGGUCACACCUAUCACAGUUGCUAUCUUUGCUGGACCAGCACGAAUGCCACUGGAUGCUGUGUCUGAAGCAGAAUUAUUCCGAGGAGAUGGAGCUGUUGAGACAGAGAGUGAUAGUGAAGUAGAAGAACGACCAAAUGGACAAAACACGACCCUUAAAAUUGAUGAGUGGGUUGUGUUUCGUGUGGAUGCUGAAGCUGCUCACUUAGCGCUGCAGCUGCGACAGAAAUGGCAUUCAUUGUUUCUGCGUCGCAUGAGGGCUCCUGCUAGGCCUUGGUCUCAGGUGGAUGAAGCAGUGGUGAGGACAAUCAUCAAUCUACUGACUGCAGAGGAGCAGACAGUGGGUCUGCAGCAACCAUCAGGAAUUGGCCAACGUCCUCGGCAAGUGGCUAUCGACUGCUACCCAUCUGGAUUGAGGAGAGCCACAGAGGAAGGAGAAACCCAUGUUGAGAAUGUCUUCCUGGGCAACACUGAAAACCGAAAUAUCUUCAAACAACAAAGAAAGUUUGAAUAUUCACCCAAAGUGACAACUGAUCAUGGUGAACGUUCCGAUUCAGGGAGUGUCAAAUCAUUUGGUAGUGGAAACUUGAGUGAAACUCCUUCUCCUACACCAUCCCAUGGAAGUGCUGGGGAUAGCACAGCAUUGGCUACCAGCCCCACUGCUGGGGUAGGACCUGUGUUUUCACGUUACUUUGUCAUUAAAGCAGGCAGUUUGAAGACUAUUGAGACUUCUCUAAGUCGUGGUGCUUGGGCAUUUACUUCCAAUACAGAGAGGAAGAUGACUCGUGUUUUCAAGGAAGGCAAACGGGUGAUACUGAUGUUCAGUGUGCAAGGCAGUGGGCACUUUCAAGGAUAUGCGCGUCUGAGUGGAGAUAAGUCAGAUUCCAAGAUAGAUACAGCAGACCAAUGCUUUGAACUGAGUGGACCUAACCUCAACCCACCUCUUCCUGUAGAGUGGAUAAAACGAGCCAACAUCCCCUUUCAGGCGACUCGCCAUCUACUGAAUCCGUACAAUGAGAACAGACGAGUUCAAACGAGUCGUGAUGGACAGGAGAUUGAACCCACUAUAGGUGAAGCACUGUGUAGUCUGUGGGACAAAGUACCUCCAUUUGUUCCAAAGUCCACUUUAUUUAGUGCACUCAAGACAUCUCAGGAUAUGCCUGAAAUUACAGCAUCAUCUAGGAAUGUGGGCUACCGUGGGCGUCCCAUCAGAGGUUAUUCAUACAUGGGAUAUGGCACAAGUUACCAGCAUUACAACAUAAACUAUGGUCAGCGUGGCCAACAUCCAAAGUAAACUAGUAAAAUGUGAAAUUUUACUGUUUCCUGAUAAGGAACAGAGUCCUUAGGUAUUGAUUCAAAAUGCCAGAACUGUUGGCACUGUCAUUACAUAAUACUGCUGUCCUCUAACGUGCCCAAUGUUAUGAGCUUCAUGUUUUUUGAAUAAAUAGAAGUGAACUUGUUUGCAAAAUUGGGAACAAGGGUAGAGUAAUUAGAAUUUUUUUCAGAGCUGAAGUUUCAGGCUAAAUGUUCAUGCAGCUCAGUGGAAAUUAUGAGAACAAUGUCUUAAACUUAUAUCAUGAAAUAAAUGGUAUAAAAAUAUAACCAUGUAAGGAAUGUAAUUGAGAACCAUGUUUUUCCGUAACACUUUUAGGAAAAGUUAAAAUUCUGUAUGAGAUGAAAGGAAACACCAGGAGGAUCAAAAUAAAAUUACAUAAAUUCAGAGUGUUGCACUAAGAAUGUAUAUUGGCUGCUCAAAUUGGUUCAAACAGUUUCAUCAUGUACCCUUUCAUUUUAUCUUGUGAGUAAACAUUCAUAGAUAUGAAUUUAUAAUUUGUUUCACUCAAAUUUAUAUAACAUCCACUCAGUGCAGUUACACGUUAAUUCGUGUCUCAUUGUAAUAAUUUUCCUACAAAUUAUGACAUGCUGUGGAGCACUGCUCAUUAAGAGUUUUCCCCAUUUAGUAGUAUUAGAAUCAGUUUAUCAUUUUAUAGAUAGCAUAAAAGCUACAAAAACAGACUUGUUAGUUAAGAUCUGAGUCAGGUAUGUGUAGACUUGUACACCUCAAAUUUCAGUCCUAUCUUCCCAGGUCAGCAAGACAUGAUGGGUUAAACAUAAGCCAGAGAAAAUGGCUCUUAUUGCACUUGACAUCAGUAUUUUUUGAAGAGAAAGAAUUUCCGUAGUGAAUUCUUUUUCUUACUAACUGUCUUUGUUUUUAAUGAUUUCUGCAACGAUUUGUAUCUUUGUCAUGUACUUUUCCUUUGUUUCAAUGCUGCCUGGUUUCUUCCCAUUUCCAUUAUUUUUUAGUAUCAUUAGCAUUUUAUUUUAUAGAUUUACUGUUAUCUUACUUUAACAAGUGUCUUUUUCACUGUCUCCUUGUCAGUGAAACUUCCAUAGAUAUUCAGAUUUUGUUGUAGGUAAACUCUGUGCAUAGUUAUUGCUUGUAUAACUUGGUAAUUUAGACACAAAAUGAUAUUCUUUAUCAUAUGAAGAACUAUGUUAUAAAGAGUUUUGUGAGGAA